AUGCCUCCAAUCCCACCGAAGCAGACUCUAGCGUUUGAUGUCUACGGCACGUUGCUCGACACGUCGUCAGUAUCUGCCGCUCUGGGCAAGGAACUUUCCAUCAGCGAUGACAAGGCGAAGGCACUCGCCGGCCUAUGGAGACAGUUGCAGCUCACUUAUACCUUCCGAUUGAACUCUAUGGGGCUCUACAAACCUUUCGACUUCGUCACGCGCCAGAGCUUCUUGCACGCUGCAAAGGAGUCGGGAUACACUGUUUCUGACAGUACGGUCGACAAUGUCUGUAAUGCGUACUGGGAGCUUGGGGCCUUCCCGGACGCGGUGGACGCAUUGAAAGAACUGCAGAAGCGUGGUCAUGUCGACGUCCUGGUCUUCAGUAACGGUACACCGAAGAUGAUUGGCUCUGCUCUCGACGCGGGCGGCAUAUCCUCACUGAUCCCGCGAGGUUUUCUCGUCGAGAGCGUACAGAAGUACAAGCCCACCCCGGAUGUAUACAAGGGCCUGCUCAAGUAUGUCGGCAAAGAAAGCAGCCCGGAGAGCGUUUACCUUGUCAGCGGCAACCCCUUCGACAUCACCGGCGCGCGGAACGUUGGACUAAGCGCUAUAUGGGUUAACCGGACCGGCGCAGAGUGGGCGGACGCUUUGACCGACUUGAAGCCGAGUAAAGUCGUCAAGAGCUUGACCGAGCUGCCAGGUCUUGACCUCUUCGCUUGA